AUGAGGAGGUCGGCGCUGCUCAACUUUGCCGAGAUGAUCCUGUGCUGGACUUUCCUGGAGGGACAGGUGGCUUCAGAUGGGGGGAUCACAGCCCAGGAGCAGAUGUACCUCCUAUACAACGUCAAGCUCCAGUGUCACCAGAACGUCUCGCUGGGCAACCCCACAGAUGAUCGUUGCCCUCCGGGCUGGGAUGGUCUGAUCUGUUGGCCACGUGGUUUCCCCGGAAAGGUUACCAAGGUCCCCUGCCCCACAUACGUCUACGACUUCGACCACAAUGGCCACGCCUACAGGAAGUGUGAUGACAAUGGCUCUUGGGUCUACGUGGAGAGCAUGAGCAGGCCUUGGGUGAACUACUCGGACUGUCUGAGACUCCUGCAGCCCGGCCACGAAGGCAGCACGCAGAUCUUCUUUGAGCGGCUGUACACCAUGUACACAGUGGGUUACGCCGUGUCCUUCAGCUCCCUGCUGGUGGCCAUCUUCAUCAUCGGGUACUUCAGGCGUCUGCACUGCACCAGAAACUACAUCCACAUGCAUCUGUUUGUGUCGUUCAUGAUGCGGGCCGUCAGCAUCUUCGUCAAGGACAGGGUGGUCCAUCCCAGUGUGGGACUGCAGGAGUUCGACACGGUGCUCAUGGACAACUUCCAGACCAACUCGGUGGCCCCUGUGGACAAGUCUCAGUAUAUCGGCUGCAAGAUCACGGUCCUGCUCUUCAUCUACUUCCUGGCAACCAACUACUACUGGAUCCUGGUGGAGGGACUCUACCUGCACAGCCUCAUCUUCAUGGCCUUCUUCUCCGACACCAAGUACCUGUGGGGGUUCACCUUAGUCGGCUGGGGAGUUCCCGCUCUGUUCGUGGCGGCGUGGGCGGCGGUGCGAGCGACCCUAGCCGACGCCAGAUGCUGGGAGCUGAGUGCGGGCAACAUCAAAUGGAUAUACCAAGUUCCCAUUCUCACCGCCAUCGGGCUCAACUUCAUCUUGUUUGUCAACAUCGUGCGGGUGCUGGCCACGAAGAUCCGCGAGACGAACGCGGGCCGAUACGACACCCGCAAGCAGUACAGGAAGCUGGCCAAGUCCACCCUGGUGCUGGUCUUGGUGUUCGGGGUUCAUUACAUCGUCUUCGUGGGGAUGCCGCACACCUUCAAGGGCGUCGGCUGGCAAGCGAGGAUGUACUGCGAGCUGUUCUUCAACUCCUUCCAGGGCUUCUUCGUGUCCAUCAUCUACUGCUACUGCAACGGCGAGGUCCAGACGGAGAUCAAGAAGACGUGGACGAGGUGGAACCAAACCUUCGACUGGAAAGGCCCGGCAACGUGCGGCAGCUGUCGCCAUGGUUACGGCUCGGUGCUCACCAACCUGAGCCACAGCAGCGGCAGCCAAUCGCAGCUGGCGGCGGCGUCGCGUACCACGGUGCUCUUCUCCAGCCGCGUGUACCGCAGCCGGGGGGGCCGGAUGGCGGGUAGCCACGCCGCGUUGCCAGGCUACGUGCUCAGCAACUCGGACGUCGAUAGCCUGCCGGCCUCCAUCCCCGAGGAGCGAGAGGAGCAGGACGACGGCGCCAAGCGCGUCGACGACAUCUCGCUGAAGGAGGCCCCGGUCGUGCUGGACCGCGGCGUGGGGCACAACGGCGAGGAGGCGCUCUAG